CUCGUCCAUUCCAACUGACGGCCGGCGUUGAUCCGGAGGAAAAAUCUUGCCUCCUGGUCGAAUUUACCGAUGACAGUUGGAAUUUGCUUAUGAACUGAAUUUGAUCAAACAGUGUUUGAGUCUUGCUGGACGCGCCAGGAAGCCUUCCCUUUGGUGCAGGGUUGCUUUGCAUACCUUCACCAUGAGCGAUAGCGAAAAUGAGCGGCCGGCGCCCAAAAAGGCCGGGAAGCAGGCCAUUGAGGAUAUCUACCAGAAAAAGACGCAACUUGAACAUAUCUUGCUCAGGCCUGACACUUAUAUUGGUUCGGUCGAGCCUGUGUCCGAAAACAUGUGGGUUUUCGACACCGCGGAGGACAAAUUGACGCAGAGGAACAUCACGAUCGUGCCGGGCCUCUACAAAAUCUUCGACGAAAUCCUAGUGAACGCCGCCGACAACAAGCAGAGAGACAGGAAGAUGGACUGCAUCAGGAUUAACAUCAAUCCAGAAGCAAAUGAAAUCAGCGUUUGGAACAACGGCAAAGGUAUCCCAGUGGAGAUGCACAAGACGGAAAAGAUGUAUGUGCCGACCAUGAUUUUCGGCCAUUUGCUCACCUCGUCCAACUACAACGACGAGGAGGAAAAGGUCACGGGUGGCCGCAACGGCUAUGGUGCCAAACUCUGCAACAUCUUCAGCAACAAGUUCACGGUCGAAACGUCUUGCAAGGAGAGCAGGAAGAGGUUCAAGCAGACCUGGGUUGAAAACAUGGCCAAGGUCGGAAACCCCAAGAUUGGUGAGGCUGCUAGUGAAGACUUCACUAAAAUCGUCUUCCAACCUGACCUGAAGAAGUUCAAGAUGGAAAAAUUGGAUAAAGAUAUCGUGGACCUGAUGUCCAGGCGAGCGUAUGAUGUCGCUGCUUCCACUGGAGGAGUCAAAGUGUAUCUCAAUGACAAGAGAGUUCCGGUAAAGUCCUUCAAGGACUACGUAGAGCUGAUGUUGAAGGGUCACAACGAUGACAUUGGCAACCCUGUGAAGGUCACCUACGAGAAGGUGAGCGACCGCUGGGAGGUGGCGUGCUGCAUCUCGGACUCCGGCUUCCAGCAAAUGUCGUUUGUGAACAGCAUCGCGACCACGAAAGGCGGCCGGCACGUCGACUACAUCACAGACAUGAUGGUCAAGCAGCUAGCGGACGUGAUCAAGAAGAAGAACAAGGGCGGCGUCAGCGUGAAGCCCUUCCAGAUCAAGAACCACAUGUGGGUAUUCGUCAACUGCCUCAUUGUCAAUCCGACGUUUGACUCGCAGACCAAGGAGAACAUGACCCUGCAGGCCAAGAGCUUUGGUUCUAAGUGCCAGCUGUCUGAUAAAUUCGUCAAUGCGGUUAUUAAAUCUGGAAUCACAGAGGCUGUGAUUUCGUGGGCCAAGUUCAAGGCGCAGAGCCAGCUGGAGAAGGUUGGUGGCAAAAAGAAGACAAAGCUAAAAGGUGUCCCAAAAUUGGAGGACGCCAACGAAGCUGGCUCAAAGAACGCGCACAGAUGCACCCUGAUCUUGACAGAAGGAGACUCGGCCAAGUCACUGGCUGUGUCUGGUCUGGGCGUCGUCGGCCGAGACUUCUAUGGAGUCUUCCCUCUCAGGGGUAAACUGCUCAACGUUCGAGAAGCAUCGCACAAGCAGAUCUUGGAGAAUAUUGAAAUCAACAACGUGAUCAAGAUUUUGGGUUUGCAAUACAAAAAGAAGUACAACACGCCUGAAGACAUGAAGACGCUGCGAUACGGCAAGCUGAUGAUCAUGACUGAUCAGGAUCAGGAUGGUUCGCAUAUCAAGGGUUUGUUGAUCAACUUCAUCCACCACAACUGGCCAGAACUUCUGAAGCAGAACUUCCUCGAGGAGUUUAUCACUCCCAUUGUCAAGGCGACUCACAAAACUACCUCUCAGGUGGUUUCCUUCUACUCCAUUCCUGAGUAUGAUGAAUGGCGGAAAACUGUUGAUGAAACCCGUUACAAUAUCAAAUACUACAAAGGUUUGGGUACCUCCACGUCCAAGGAGGCGAAAACCUACUUUGAAGACAUGGCUAGGCACAGGAUCAAGUUCAAGUACUCGGGCAACCAGGAUGACAAUAGCAUUCUGAUGGCUUUCAGCAAGAAGUGCGUGGACCAGAGGAAAGAGUGGCUGAGCAACUACAUGGAGGAGAACAGGCGGAGGAGAGAGAUGGACUUGCCUGAGGUGUACCUGUACGAGAAGGACACCAAGGCGAUCAACUUCAGCGAGUUUGUCAACAAGGAACUGGUGCUCUUUUCCAACGCUGACAACGAGCGUUCCAUUCCAAACAUGAUGGACGGUUUGAAGCCUGGCCAGCGAAAGGUGUUGUUCACAUGCAUCAAGAAAAACUACAAGAAGGAAAUUAAAGUGGCGCAGUUGGCCGGCUCCGUUGCUGAACUCUCCGCGUACCAUCACGGCGAAGCGUCGCUCAUGUCGACCAUCAUCAACUUGGCGCAGAACUACGUCGGCUCGAACAACAUCAAUCUGCUGAUGCCGAACGGCCAGUUUGGCACACGCCUGCAGGGCGGCAAGGACGCCGCCAGCCCCCGUUACAUCUUCACGCAGCUCAAUCCGAUCACAAAGGCCGCGUUCAGUCCUCACGACACGCCACUGCUUCACGACCAGUAUGAGGACAACGACAAAAUCGAGCCCAUGUGGUACUGUCCCAUCAUUCCAAUGAUCUUGGUCAACGGUGCCGACGGCAUCGGCACUGGCUGGAUGACCAAAAUUCCAAACUAUAAUCCGAGGGAAAUCAUCGACAACCUCAAAAAAAUGAUCAGAGGAGAUAAACCGUCCAUGAUGAUUCCGUGGUACAAGGGCUUCAAGGGCCACAUUGAGCCGGUGGGCAACCAACGGUACGUGAUCAGUGGGGAAGUGCGCGUCAUUGACGAGUGCACCAUCGAGAUCACCGAACUGCCCAUUGGCGUCUGGACCCAAAAUUACAAGGAAUCGGUGCUGGAGCCGAUGCUCUACGGCAACGAGAAGGAAAAGGAGAAGGAAAAAGCUGCUGCCAAGGCCAAGAAGAAGGCUGGAGCCGACGACGAUGACCAGCCAACAAAGGCCAGCAAGGGUGGACCUGUCAUCAACGACUUCAAGGAGUACCACACUGACACGACUGUUCGGUUUGUCGUCACUAUGCCAGAGAAAACCCUGGAAAAGCUGGAGCAGGAUGGCCUGCACAAGGCAUUCAAACUGCAAACAACGCAGACCACCACUUCGAUGAUGGCUUUUGAUGAGUUGGGGUGCAUGACCAAGUUCGAACAUGUGAAUGAAGUUCUUGAGCGUUACUUCAAGGUCAGACUAGAUCUCUACGUCAAGAGGAAGGACUAUCUCCUCGGCAUGCUUCGCGCUGAAGCCAAAAAACUUUCUAACCAGGCCAGAUUCAUCGUGGAGAAGUGCAACGGCGAUAUUACCGUAGAGAACAAAAAACGCGAGGUCAUCAAAAACGAGCUGGUUGCCCGCAAGUACGACUCUGACCCAGUGAAACAGUGGAAGAGAGAUUCGUCCAAAGAGGAGGAUGAAGAUGAGGAUGAAAAAGAAAAGAAGGCCAAGGACAGAGACCGCAAGGAGGAAUUGGAGGACGGCAAAGACUUUGAUUACAUCCUCGGCAUGAAGAUGUGGGCGCUGACUGAAGAGAGGAAGCGGGCUCUCCUUGCUGAGAGGGACAAGAAACUGAAGGAAGUUGAAGAUCUCGAGUCUAAGACCCCUGAAGAAUUGUGGAAUGAUGAUCUGGACAAUCUCCUCCAAGUGAUGAAAGUGCAAGAGGCGAAGGAGGAUGAAGACCGCAACUACGGAAAGAAGGCGGUGAAGGGCGCCAGGGGCAAGGUGCUGGUGGCUGAAACGAUGCCGUCGCCAAACGGCAGGAAGAUCGAACCGUUGAUCGAUUCAGAGUUGCGCAAGAAGAUUGAAAAGGCGGUGCAAAAUAAGGAGAAGCAGACAAAGAAGGCCAUCAAGACCGAGGAAGUGGACGAGUUUGAUGCAGAGCUAGGGCUGGACAAUGGCCUCUCGCUGCAGGCAGUCAUCAAGAACUCGCCGCAAGAGAUUGAGAAGAAAUUGAACGCCAAGAAAAAGGAAAUGAAACAGACUAAGUUGAGUUUUAAGCCGGUAAAGAAAGAGAAGGCAACCAAGGAGUUUGAUUCUACUGGAUCUGAGGGAGACGACGCUGACUCAGACAGUUUCGAUGCUGUCCUUUCGGCUUCUCCAGUCAAAUCAAGAGAUGCCCCCAGGCGAGCAGCUGCUUCAAAGGCCAAGUUCACUUUUGAUGACAAGAGCGAUGAAGAAAUGAAGUCGGAUUCGGACUUUGAAGUGAACCACCAGCUCGGCGACGAUAGUGGGGCCAGUAAACGACCAGUUACUAUCUCCUCUGACGAGGACUCAGAUUUUGGCUCGUCGAAGAAGAAAGCCAAAGUCUCAACAGAUUUGGAAACGUCUGACGCGUUGUUUGACAAAUUAAUGGGCUCGUCAAGUCCAGAAAAAGAAGAGCGAGCUGCUCCACCAGCCAAGAAACCUGAGCCCAAGAAGGCUCCACCCAAAAAGUUUGUAGACACAGAAUCCGACUCUGAUAUGGGAGAGGACGAUAAGCCCAAAACAAAAGCAGCUGCAAAGAAGAAGGCAUCCUCUGAUUCCGACUUUGGUUUGGAGGAGGAAGAGAAGCCUAAGAAAAAGGCACCUGCAAGGAAAAAGGUAGCUUCCGGUUCCGAAGAGGAAAAGCCAAAAAAGAAGAGGGCGCCAGCCAAAAAGAAAGUGGCCGCUUCGGACUCCGAGGACGACAAGCCCAAGAAGAAGAAGGCUCCUCCCAAGAAACGUCAGCCCGCAAUGUCUGAUUCGGAAGACGAGAAGCCAAAGAAAAAGGCUCCCCCAAGGAAGAAGUUGGCUCGCCCUCAAUCUGACUCCGAUGACGACAUGUUUUCGUCCAAGGCCAAAAAGGGCGGUGCCAAAAAGAAGGCUGGCAGCGACGACGACUCUGACUUCUCAGCCUCAGAGGUGGCUCCCAGAGAAAGGGCAGGCACAGGCCGUGCUCGGAAACCUGUUUCGUACCUCCUUGAUUCUGGAAAUGACGACAGUGACUUUUAAGACAAAAAUUUGGGCUGCUCCGAAUUUGCAUUUAAUGUUACUGUAGAGCUAGUUACUUGUCGAUCUUAACUUAUUUUCUGUAAGGUACCUUCAAUUUUAAUAAAAACAAUGUGGAGAAAUGUAAUGAAAUGGA